AUGGGGUUGGCUCCGCUUGUCGGCAAAGAGAAUACAAUUUCUCAACUUUUGCCGAUUUAUAUGCAGUUGUUGAAAGAUAGCACCGCUGAAGUUCGCCUCAACAUUAUCAGUAGCCUAGAUAAGGUAAAUGAUGUGAUUGGAGCUUCACAAUUGUCGCAAUCACUUCUGCCAGCUAUUGUUGAGCUCGCUGAAGAUGGCAAGUGGCGUGUUAGACUAGCUAUUGUUCAGUUCAUGCCCCUUCUUGCUGCUCAGCUGGGUCAGGAAUUUUUCGACGAGAAAAUGCUUCCACUUUGUCUGAAUUGGCUUUGCGAUCAUGUCUAUGCUAUCCGCGAAGCAACAACCUCAAUUCUCACUGAGCUCACCAAAAAGUUUGGCAAGGAAUGGGCUUCAAAGAACGUAAUGCCAAAGCUAGUCACAAUGUCAAAAGUGCGAUCUCAACUAUCUUCACCGAAUGACUUGUCUAUUCUGUCUGAACUCGCUCGCUGA